CCUCUCUUUCCCACAGACGCACACACAUGCACACACUUCAUCCGUGGAAGGGGGGUGUCUGUGGGCAGAGUGUGUGAAGCUCUUGCAUUGAUAACCUGCAGCUCAGAGUCACUCGGUCUCACUUUGUGGCUGUCCCCAUCGCCUGGAUCUCCCUUCGCCCUUCCUGCUUCUCACUCUAGGACCGUGUGCGCCCGUGCUCGGACCCCUCGCCUCUAGCUGUCACCAUGACGCCUACCCCGCCGCUUUUCCUGCUGCUGCUUGGCCUCGUAGGAGCUCAUGCCACUGCAGACCAGCGCAUGGCCGCUGCCAUGGCGGCAGGUUUGUGCAAAACACGUCCCACAGACCUAGUGUUCAUCAUCGACAGCAGCCGCAGUGUUCGUCCUUCAGAGUUCGAGCAAGUUAAAGUAUUCUUGGCUAAAGUCAUCGAGGGGCUCGAUGUUGGACUCAACGCCACCCGUGUGGGGGUCGUCAACUACGCCAGCCGUGUCCAGAGCGAGGUGUCUCUGAAGACUCACCGCACCAAAGCUGGGCUGAUCAAGGCAGUGACCAAAAUCGAGCCCCUGUCCACCGGAACAAUGACCGGCCUCGCCAUCCAGUUUGCCCUGAACAUUGCUUUCAGUGAGGCCGAGGGCGCUCGUGUCAAAUCUCCUGACAUCAACAAGGUUGCCAUUAUUGUGACAGACGGGCGUCCCCAGGACAAUGUGAAGGACGUAGCUAAGCGUGCCAGAGAUGCGGGUAUUGAGAUUUUUGCCAUCGGUGUGGGACGUGUGGACAUGAGCACUCUGAGGCAGAUGGCCAGCGAUCCCCUGGACGACCAUGUGGACUACGUGGAGAGCUACAGCGUCAUUGAGAAGCUCACCAAGAAGUUCCAGGUGGCCUUCUGUGGUUGCAGCAACUCUGCAACGGAUGUGGUGUUUCUGAUCGACGGCUCCAAGAGCGUACGUCCUGAGAACUUUGAGCUGGUCAAGAAGUUUAUCAACCAGAUCAUAGACAAGCUGGACGUCUCUGAGAGCCAGGCUCAUGUUGGACUGGUGCAGUACUCCAGCACCGUCAGACAGGAAUUCCCCCUGGGCCGCUAUAACAGCAAAAAAGAGCUGAAAGAUGCUGUGAAGAAGAUGGUCUACAUGGAGAGAGGAACCAUGACAGGCCACGGUAUAAGGCAUAUCACCGACGUCACCUUCACCCCCGGUCAGGGUGCACGGCCCGGAGUUACAAAGGUGGCAGUCGUGUUCACUGACGGACGCAGCCAGGACUACAUUGGAGAAGCUGCCAAAAAAGCCAAGGAGAUGGGCAUUAGGAUGCACGCUGUUGGAGUGGGCAAUGCAGUUGAGGAAGAGCUGAAAGUGAUUGCCUCUGAGCCUAUUGCAGAGCACUACUUCUACACUGCUGACUUCAAGACUAUGACCCAGAUCGCCAAGAAGUUACAGAUUAACGUCUGUCCAGACCCAUGUGAAUGUGACUCCCUUCUAAAGUUCCAAAAGAAAGUAGAAGGUGCCCUACAGGCACUAACAAAAAAAACUAGAGACUAUGUCGAAGAGGAUCGCCCUGCUGGAGAACAAAAUCGUCUGAGGGCUCGCACCCCACCCUCCUCUAUACACCUGCACACCAACCCACACACAAACACACACACACAAAAAAUGUUUACUUCCUGUAAAAUAUUGAAGAGGGACCCCUGUGUGUGUGUGUGUGUGAACCUGGACCCUUGCUUGUACCCUGAGCUCUCCCAAACCUCCUCCUCCUCUCUCCACCUCAACCCUUCUACCCUCGGGUCUCCUGGGACACAAAGCGCCAGUUGCCAUGGGGACCAUCCUUUGUGUGUGUGUGUGUGUGUGUGUGCGCGCUCCGAAGGUCAUCCUCCAAAGCCAGCCUGUGUGUUUGUUAAUAAAAGUCUUCCCUCAUAGGGAAACGGUGACGGUA